AUGCGAGCGCCCAAGCACGAUGCUGCGGAAGAGAAACCCGGUGAUUACAUUUCCUUAGAGGGCACCCGAAAAUCCAAACGGCAAAGUGAGAGCGAAGACUCUUCCGACGAUGAGCAGCCUGUGUGGCGGUCCAUCAAGGGCAAAGCAACAUCGGGCCAGAUCAUCAAGAGCGAUCCGGAUGGCGAUGAAGGCGAGAGCUCUGCCGAGGACUUUGACGACACGGAGGGCGACAACCCGUUGAAGUGGAAGUCGAUUCUCCUCAACAGACGGGUCAAGGAGCAUCCAGAGGACAUCGACUCCUGGAUGGAGCUGGUCGAUCACCAAGACGACUUGAUGCAUGCUGGCGGGAUCAUCGACGGGAGGACCGCUGACGACACGGCACAUAGCUUCUCCGAAAUCAAGCUUAGCAUGCUCGAGUCGGCCCUCCCGCACGCGACAAAAGCCAAGGACCGAGAGCGAGUCUUGGACGCGCUCAUGCACGAGGGCAGCCAGAUCUGGACCAGCAAAACUGCGGCCAAGAGGUGGCACGAUAUUUCUGCGGAGGAGCUCGAAAGCUUCGCUUUGUGGAAGACGCACCUCAAUUUUGCAAUGUCCGACAUCAGUACGGUGGACUAUGACACUGUGAAGCAAAUGCUUCUGGACCGUCUGCACAGGGUUGUGGCCCGGAAUGGCCUUUAUACGCCGCAAGAUAUUCUCCAGGCCAUCUACGUCUUUCUGAGAGCCACACGGUUCAUUCACGAUUCUGGCUAUCAAGAGCUGGCUAUCGCGGCAUGGCAGGCGCUGCUCGAGCUCAAUCUCCUCAGACCGAACCAGAGACUAGGCCAGGCCGAGGCCCUAGAAGCCUUCGAAGAGUUUUGGGAAAGCGAGGUCCCACGGAUCGGCGAGGCCCAGUCGCUCGGGUGGAAGCAUUUUGUCGAAUUUGGCGGAGAGCCUCCGGCCGCAGCCAAGGCCAAACAAAGCAUCGAUCCCGAACUAUCCAUGGACACGUAUAUGUGGGGUGUCCUUGAACGUUUACAGGAGCGACAGGCCAGGAUGCCAGCCAGAACACUGGAUGAUGGGACCGACGAUGACCCGUUCCGCAUUGUCAUGUUUUCAGACCUACGGCCGCUGCUCUUUCAGAUCCCCGCCACGUUCUUGCCCACCGUUUACGAAGAGCUCAUUGACUCUUUUCUUCUGUUCUGCGGGCUGCCCCCUGCCUUCGAUUCGAGCCUGUGGACGACCAUGGCUCAAGGCGACCAAUUUCUCGCCGCCGCGGGAGCUAAUAUCGAGCAGAAGCCGGCGUGGGAAGCCAAGGAGGGCGAGGAAGGGGAAAAGAUACAGAGAAAACACCCACGCCUUGCCAGCGGUUUGUCCCGUGCCAAGCUGUCUCCGGGACUGCUUUUUGGCGGCCCCUCAUGGUUCCAACAUCUGGACCACGCAAGGCACCAGGGCGACUUUGACAUGUCCUGGGUCCAGAACACGCUGAAGCAGCUUGCGCACUCAGGGACCGCGCCGCGACUUGCACUGUACUAUCUUGGCGUUUGCUUUGCCAGGGAGCCGGAAUCGAUCCGGAAGCCUGCCAAAGCUCUGUUGAAAAAGUACCCUUGCGAAGCAGAGCUCUACGACGCCUAUGCCCUUGCCGAGUACGCCAAUGACGACGAAGAUGUUGCGAUCAAGGUGCUCAGCUCUGCGACCUCAUCGAAGCAUCUUGCACCGGCCUCGACUGUAUGCUCACUUUUGAGGACGUGGAGCUGGAUCGAGCUCGAUAACGGGAAUAAGUGUUCAGCGACGAAGAGGCUGUGUGCCUGCGUCGACGAGUCGUUCAAGCGAGCCCGGCUCAACGACGAACAAGUCUCACCGACAGUCAUUCUCAAGGCCAAACAGAUGCUCAAGUCCCAGGCCGAAUCCUGCCUGUAUGGGGGAAAGGCUGAGCAGGCCAGCGUUCAUCUCGAGUGCUUGAUCCUGCUGUCGUACCUGACCGACGUCGGAGGUAGCGAGCCGGCAUCGGAAUCUCAGGGAAACAUAGCGGCCGCGAUGUUUACGCUCCAGGACCUGUCAAAAGAAGUCGUCGCCUUAGAGGGAGGUUUGGCGAUGCACGAACUUAUGCUCCAAUUUGCUGCCAGACUGUUGUACUGGCAUGCUAGCAAGGGACCAUUCCGGCGAGUGUUUUUGCGCGAACAACUGUCUUCCUUCAUCGAACGGUUCCCUCGAAACACGAUAUUCUUGUUGCUAUUCGAGUGGACCGAUGUCAACUUUCGCGUCAUCAACGAGACGCGGAAUGUCCUCGAUGACAAGGUGCUCGUCAAGGGGACGGAUUGCGUGAGCAGCCGCAUCUUCUCCAUCCAGUACGAGAUGGCUCAAGGCAAUGCGCACAGCACCAAAGCUGCUUUUGAGAGAGCGCUGAAGAGUGAUGUUUGCAAAUCCAGUGUUGGACUGUGGAUUGGUUAUGUGCGCUUUGUCUACUCCCAGAAACAGUGGCUGCGGCAGCCAGCGAGGGACGUCCUCUAUCGGGGGCUUAAGAACUGCCCGUGGAGCAAGAACUUGUUGAUGGAGGCGUUUGGGACGCUGGUGCGGGAUAUGAAGCCGGAUGAGCUGCUUUCGGUGUACCGCGAGAUGACGUCCAAGGGGAUGCGGGUGCACGUGGACAUGGAGGACUACAUGGCCAAGACGGCCGAGAGGCGUGCGUGA